AUGGCAUCGAAGUCUACCACUGGCCUUUUCCUCCGCGGGUUUAUAUCUACGCCUAAACCACGAUGUUCAGCACGGCCGUACCAUUCAUAUACUCACCCCCCCCCUCCAGGGCCCUUCACGCCCGUUGAAACAGCCAUCCUCUCGGCCUCCCUCCCACACAUCCCCACCCACGGGUUCACCCACACAACGCUCUCGCUGGGCGCAAAAGACGCAUCCUAUAUCGAUGCAUCCACCAAUCUCUUCCCGCGUGGCGCAUUCAGUAUCGUGCACUACCACCUCGUAACACAACGCGCUGCGCUUUCCAAACAUAAGCACAUACUCGAGACUUCCUCGCAACCAGGAGCAAAACCACCUGGGAUUGGGGCGAAAGUCAAGGCGUUGGUGUGGGAACGACUGAUGGCAAAUAAGGGUGUGAUACAUCGGUGGCAGGAGGCAUUGGCACUCAUGGCGCAACCUUCCAACAUCCCAACGUCUAUAUCAGAGCUCUCGUCUUUAUCGGAUGAGAUCUGGUUUCUGGCGGGCGAUACAUCAGUCGAUUCCAGCUGGUACACAAAACGCGCCUCGCUAGCCACUAUAUAUGCGUCGACCGAGUUGUUCAUGACGACUGAUAAGUCACCGGACUAUAGCAAGACGAGGGAGUUUAUGGAUCGGAGGUUCGAGGAUUCGAGGGUGCUGGGGACUGUAGUUGGGAGUGUUGCGGAAUGGGUUGGUUUUACAGCACACGCUGGCCUGAAUGUUAUGAGGAGUAAAGGUGUAAGGGUUUAG